AGAAAGCAGAUUCGGCACGACUCGGCAGUAGACGAGCCAAUCUCCAUUAAGCAUGGGAAAUUUAGGCAAAUGCCGAUGGCUGCCGCCUAUAAAUGUAAUCGAAGCUUUGCAGAAUCUCUUCGCCAUCACCAUCUGCAUCUCAUUCUCAAUCUCCAUUGUCUUUGAUAUUUUUCUGAUCUAUAAUCAGUCUAGAAACUACCAAACCCUUCUCAUUUCCGAUCUAAGUAUUCAUGGCUGGGGGCGCCGAGAUCAAGGCACCGUCGCCUAACGUGAAUGGAAAGGCAGAGAUUUUGAAGGGUAACUUUGAACCUACCGCUAUGAAAGUGGAGCCGUUGCCUCCCGUUGUACCGGAGAAUGGCGUGGAGAAGCCGUCGGAGAAAAGCAGGAACAUUGUGUUGGGGAGGAACGUGCACUCCACGUGUCUGACCAUAACUGAGCCUGAAGUUAAUGAUGAAGUCACUGGUGACAAGGAAGCUCAGAUGGCUGGCGUCUUGGCUCGAUAUCGCAAAAACCUUAUGGAGCGGACAAAGUACCAUUUAGGUUAUCCUUAUAAUCUGGACUUCGAUUACGGUGCAUUAGCACAGUUGCAACAUUUCUCAAUCAACAAUCUUGGAGACCCAUUCAUUGAAAGCAACUAUGGAGUUCAUUCAAGGCAGUUUGAAGUUGGUGUGCUAGAUUGGUUUGCCCGUUUGUGGGAAAUAGAAAAGGAUGAAUACUGGGGUUACAUUACAAAUUGUGGUACAGAAGGCAAUCUUCAUGGAAUUUUAGUUGGGAGGGAAGUGUUUCCCGAUGGAGUUUUGUAUGCUUCACGAGAGUCUCAUUACUCUGUCUUUAAAGCUGCACGAAUGUAUCGUAUGGAGUGUGUGAAGGUUGACACUUUGGUCUCGGGUGAGAUUGAUUGCAGUGAUUUGAGACCGAAGUUGCUUGCUAAUAAAGACAAACCGGCUAUACUCAACGUUAACAUAGGAACAACUGUAAAAGGAGCAGUAGAUGAUCUUGAUGUUGUGAUACAAACCCUUGAAGAAUGUGGAUUUUCACAUGAUCGAUUCUACAUUCAUUGUGAUGGAGCUUUAUUUGGACUCAUGAUGCCUUUUGUCAAACGGGCACCGAAGGUUAGUUUCAAGAAGCCAAUUGGAAGUGUGAGUGUUUCUGGCCAUAAGUUUGUGGGUUGUCCAAUGCCUUGUGGUGUUCAGAUCACAAGGAUGGAACACAUCAAUGUGCUUUCAAGCAAUGUUGAAUACCUAGCAUCAAGGGAUGCUACGAUCAUGGGAAGUCGGAAUGGUCAUGCUCCUCUUUUCCUUUGGUAUACUCUCAAUAGAAAAGGUUAUAAAGGAUUUCAAAAAGAUGUUCAGAAAUGCCUCAGAAAUGCUCACUACUUGAAAGACCGACUGCACGAGGCUGGGAUUAGUGCUAUGCUAAAUGAACUCAGCAGUACGGUUGUGUUUGAGCGGCCCCGGGAUGAGGAGUUUGUUCGUAGGUGGCAACUUGCUUGUGAAGGGAAUAUAGCACAUGUGGUGGUGAUGCCUAAUGUGACAAUCGAAAAACUGGAUUUCUUCUUGAAUGAAUUAGUUGAAAAACGGUCGACUUGGUAUCAAGGGAAUGUUCAACCUCCUUGUAUUGCAGCAGAGAUAGGGAAAGCGAAUUGCGUUUGUGCUCUGCACAAGUGAAAAAAAAUAUCAGUCUAUGAUUCAGGAAUUCCUCUAUUUUCAUGCAGCUUGUCAUUUGGUUUUAAUGAAAUAUAGAUUAGAUUCAUAAGUUUUUCGUUUUACAUUCUCAUUGUUAUGGUAAAUAGUAGUGCCUAUCGACAUGUUCAUAUGUUGACUAUCUGUCUGCCUUGGUCAGGGGCUUUUGUGUGCGGCUUGUGACAUAUUCAUAUACCAACUUUAUUGAUUAACCUAUGUCUGGUCUUGUAAGGCAUAUGUACUGUAAUGCUCCUACCACACUUCGAUUAAGUAUUAUGCCGUCAUUUUUAUGCUGCA